AUGGCCGCCGUGUCGCUGCUCAACGUUGCUGUGCGCAACAACCCCGCCCCCUUCACCUCGCCCUACGAGUUCGAGAUCACCUUCGAGUGUCUUGAGAAGUUGGACAAGGAUCUUGAGUGGAAGCUCACCUACGUCGGCUCUGCUACCUCCGACAUCCUCGGCGUCACCGUCAUCCUCUUGACCUGCAGCUACGACGGUCGCGAGUUUGUGCGUGUCGGCUACUACGUUAACAACGAGUACACCGAUGAGGCACUCAUCGCCGAACCCCCUGCCAAGGCCGUCGUCGAAAAGGUCCGCCGCAGCAUCCUUGCCGAGAAGCCCCGUGUCACCCGCUUCGCCAUCAAGUGGGACAGCGAGGCCAGCGCUCCUGCCGAGUUCCCUCCCGAGCAGCCUGACGCCGACAACCAGGAAGACGACGAGACCGCUUACGGUGCUGAGGAGCUUGAAGAGGACGAGGUCGAGGCUGAAGGCGAGCCCGAAGUCAAGGAGGGAGAGGACGCUGAGAUGGCCGAGGCCAACCCUGUCGAACAACCCAAGGAGGAGGACGAAGUCUCGGAUGCUGGCAGCGAGGACAUUGAAGCCGAGAGCAGCGCCAGCGAAGAUGAGGACGAAGAGGAGGAGGAAGGUGAAGGUGAAGCCGAGGGAGAGGCUGCCGACGAGAUGGACACUGAUACCGCUGCUCCCACUGGCGCUACUGAGAAGCCCCAGCCUCCUCAGCAGCAGGGCGAUGUUAUGGUCCACUAG